AUGUCAAGUUCCGACGAAGAUUCAGUUUCAUACAUUCGUAAGUAUACAAUAGCUGCCGAAAUGUUAAACACUUUCGUUGCUUUCCUAGAAGAUGAAGAAGAAGAAGAAGAAGCAGAAAGCUCGAGAAUGGCUAACAUACCAAGAAUACCAAGAAGAACCAUACCCACAAAACAUGUGGAAGCCGCCACACGUUUAUAUAGUCAUUACUUUGCCCCGCAACCCGUUUACCCUGCCGAUUAUUUUAGAAGGCGUUUUCGAAUGCCCAAAGAAAUGUUUCUUUGUAUAGUGCAAGAUAUACAUUCCUUUAACGCCAUACAACCAUUACCAAAACACUUUGCAUUCUUCCACAACGCUCCAACCGACGUUUUAGAUGAAUAUCUCGAAAUGGGUGCCCAAACAUCUGCCGAUUCGUUGAACUGCUUCUGCAAAUAUGUUGUUCAGUUAUGUCACUCAGAGUUUUUGAGAAAACCGACACAAGAAGAUGUUAACCGCGUGACCGCUAAACAUGAGGCGGUGCAUGGUUUUCCGGGUAUGCUUGGAAGCGUGGAUUGUAUGUAUUGGGCUUGGAGAAACUGUUCAACGGCAUGGCAAGACCAAUACACUCGUGGUGACAAAGGACAUCCGACGAUUAUGCUUGAAGUGGUUGCUUCAUAUGAUUUGUGGAUUUGGCAUGCUUAUUUUGGACCCGCCGGUUCGAACAACUGUAUAGUUUGA